GAGCCAAAAGCAACUCUCACUUCACUUCUUCUGCUUUAUUACUCAUACAAGAAUCAGAGAGAGGAGGGUGUAAAAAGUAGAAACUGCAUUCUUUGGUAACAAAGCCUGAACUAAACACUACUAUCUGCUUUUCUCGUUUGAUUUUUUCGUCACUCAACUUGGAAUUGCUAUUUUCAUCCCCAAACUCAUUGCGAAUGGAACUUAGCAAAGUGACGCUGGAGAUCUUUAACAAACUUGAACAACAAUGGCUCUCAGUAUCACACUGUGGAGCCACCACCAAAACUCGCAUUCUCAGCAUUGACGGCGGAGGAACCACCGCCAUUGUUUCCGGCGCCGCUCUCAUCCAUCUUGAGGACCAGAUCCGCGCACAAACCAACGAUCCUCACGCUCAAAUCACCGACUACUUCGACAUCAUCGCCGGGACUGGCAUUGGCGGAAUACUCGCUGCUAUGAUCACCGCCGACGAUGGCUUCGGCAGACCUCUCUUCACUGCCAGAGACGCCGUCAACUUCAUCGCCGACAGAAAUCACGAACUCUACAAAACGAACACAGUCGGAGUUUUUCGCCGGCGCAGGAGAUUCUCCUCGAGUAGCGUUGAAAGUUUGUUGAAGCGAACGUUUCAAAGAAAAGAGAACGAAGGAAAGUCGUUGACGUUGAAGGACACGUGUAAGCCUUUGCUUAUCCCUUGCUACGACCUCAAGAGUUCCGCUCCGUUCGUGUUCUCACGAGCCGACGCGUCCGAGUCACCGAGUUUCAAUUUCGAACUCUGGAAGGUUUGUCGCGCCACGUCAGCAAUUCCAAGACUCUUCAAACCUUUUCAAUUCGCUUCCGUCGACGGAAAGACCUCUUGCUCAGCCGUGGACGGCGGUCUGGUGAUGAAUAAUCCGGCGGCAGCGGCUGUCACGCAUGUUCUCCAUAACAAACGUGAUUUCCCGUCGGUGAAUGGCGUGGAGGAUCUAAUGGUGAUGUCAAUCGGAAACGGAGCGCCGGCGAACAGAGUUUGUGACGUUCGUGAGUGUUCAACGUCGACGGUGGUUGACAUUGCUCUCGACGGCGUUUCGGAAACCAUUGACCAGAUGUUGGGAAACGCCUUCAGUUGGAAUCGUACUGACUACGUCAGGAUUCAGGCUUUUGGUUUGGGAGAAAAGGGAAGGUGGGAAGAAAUGGAAGUGCUGAACGAGAGAGUGUUGGAGUCGUUGCCAUUUGGGGGGAAACGGUUACUACAAGAAACUAACGGUAACAGAAUUGAGAGCUUUGUGAAACGUCUUGUUGCUACCGGAAAGUCUAGUUUGCCACCUAGUCCUUGCAAGGUUCCGCCGUUAGCCACUUGCUAACAAGUUUUUUUUUUAUUAUUUUGAAGCUGUAAAAGUUGUAACUUGUAUCAAGGUUUUUUCUUUUUUUUUUUAAUUAAGUUAAAAAAUUCGGAGGUUUUAUUUUAGCUGUUCCGGAUGAAUGAAUAAAUUUACUUGGUAAGAAUUUUAGUA